AUGACUGUAAUAAUCCGCUUCUUUUUAGGAGGCAUUACUCAGAUUGACCAGCGCCCAUCACAGAUAAACAGUUUUCCGGGUCUUGGGAUGGAGGCUGUGUGGGAUUUGGUUGAUCUAUAUGCCUGGGUUUUGAUGGUCCUUCAGCAAAUCAGCCAAACUGCUAUCGUGGCCCAUGCACGCAAAUGGACCCUCUCUGUGGAACUCCAUGGGUCAGAAGUUAGUAAAACCCUACAUGCAAUGACCAUUGCAUCCACAACACUCGUGAUUGAACAGUUCUCCUCCUGUUCUUAUUCUGUUGGAGUUUCGGUGGGGCCCGCGGAGUUCGGAGAGUUCCCCCGAUUAGAGAUCGGUAUAGGGAAUGGCAAACGGGGUAAGCGCGGCGGAGGUGAUGGCUGGUUUGUCCGACUUCCUGAGGGGCGAGUGACGCCACCUGCUAAAUUGGUCAUGUCAACGGCAGACGACUGA